GUCUGGGUUCUGACGGGUGAUAAGGAAGAGACAGCGGUCCAGGUGAGCCAGGCGGCUGGACACUUUCCGCCCGGCCUGACGAUUAUUCGUCUGACUGACGGUAAAAGCAUGGCGGACGUGGCUCGUGCCAUUUACGUGCAAAAGGAGGGCAUGGAGAUGCGGUUGAAAGAGAAGAAGAGGCGACGGCGAUGGCACUGGCCCUCCAGCUUCCGAAUCUCCACCACCUCCAGCAAGAACAAGAGGCCCGAUACGAGCUUUGAAGAACCUUCCUCUUCCACUGACUACUCCAGCUCGGAGAGCGAUGAGGAUGUGGAGGGUGGCCUUGGCGCAGGUGCUUUACCGAAACUAGAGCUGAUUCAACACCGGCAUGCUAGCGUUGCCAACGACGGUUUACGUCUACACAACCGAAAACAUCCCGGCGAGGCCGAUGAGGCUGUUGGUCUGGUUAUUGACGGCAAAACUCUCCGCUACGCUACCUCCGUAAGUCUCAGUAACUGA